AUGGGUAGGAGAGCGAUAAACACCACCAAAAGUGGUAAGUACAUGAACCCCACCGACCAGGCGCGAAAGGAGGCCCGUAAACAAGAACUGAAAAAAAACAAAAAGCAACGGCAAAUGGUCCGGGCCGCGGUCCUGAAAAAAAAAGACCCUCAACAAAUCCUCGAAGAGAUGGAAACCAUCGACCAAAUGGAAUUCAACGUAAACCAACCCUCACCCUUGAACGAAAAAGUCCUGAAAGACAAACGAAAAAAGCUGAAAGACACGCUGGACAGGGUCAUGGGCAUGUACCACAAAGACGACCCGGAAAAAUGGGGCACCCUGCGCAAAGUCCAAGUGGAGUACGAAGCGAAAAAGGCCCAGCUGGUGCAGUUUUACGAGUCGGUCAAAAGCGCUCAGAGCGUGACAAUCGACGAAAUUCCUCUGCCCCAAUUGCCCCAACAGAGCGCCAACAGUAUACCCAUGCCCGUUGCAGAGCGGAAGCCCGAAGUUGCCAUUUACUCCAUCGCCACUGCUUUGAAGCUGCAAGCCUUGGGACAACCCAUGAGAGAACCUCCUGGCUGUCCGCCAGGCCCGCCUCCAGAUAUAGACGACGAUGGCGAAAUAAUUGAACACGUCGUAGAAGAAGAAGAACGUCUUGUAGAAGAAGUUAGUGCAGAAGAAGAUCCUAGUUCUAAGCCCACUUCCUUGCAACAAAAAAUGGUGGCUCUUUCAGGUCAAAAUGUAGACGAAUUCAUCAAGGAAAUGGAAACGGUGCAGAAAAAAACCAAGGAUCAGGAGCCUGCGAGACCGCAUCAAGUGGAGCCUCUUAUGCCGCCCGGCACAAACGAUACUGUGCCCAAUUUGCCACCCAUGAUGCCCCCAGUCAUGUUCGCCACUGGAGCAGGAAUCAGGCUGCCGCCCGGCCCCCCGCCUGGUAGACCACUGCUACCGCCAGGCCCGCCGCCUGGUAUGCCUACUUUGAGACUACCAGGACCUGGAUCCACGCCGCGUCUGAUCCGGAUUCCCGCUCCGCCUUUGCUUGGGACGUUGCAGGGACUUUCUCAGCACAAGCCCAACGUCCUGUCCGCCGCCCCUCAAUUGAUCAACAGGAACGACUCUAAACAAGGUGCCACUAUAUCAGCGAAGCCCCAAAUACGUAAUUUGAGCGCGGACGUUACCAGGUUCGUACCCUCCGCUUUGAGAGUGAAGCGGGAAGAAAAGAAAAACGGCGGUAAAUCGGUUACCAGUCUAGUGAGAGAGUUGAAGCAAAAAGAGAUGAAUUUGAAUAGUCAAUUGCAAGGUGGCACACGCACCAAAGACGACGCUUAUAAAAGGUUUAUGGCCGAAAUGGAAGGGCUCAUGUAG